AGUGGCUCGAGCCUCUUGGCUCGGGUGGGCCUAUCGCGCACGCGCGGUCUGCUGACGUUUUUUUCCCCAUAUGGUAUCUCGGCAGACCGUUCCGCCGGGUGCCUUCGGCCUCCCGGACGCGCCAGGCAUCUCGGUUGGAGAUGAGGUACUCGUCGCGGCCACUUACAGGGGCACCGUCCGCUUCAAGGGCGAGACGGAGUUCGCCCCCGGCGAGUGGGUGGGUGUGGAGCUCCUGGAGGCCCAGGGCAAGAACGACGGCAGCGUGCGGGACGUGCGCUACUUCGAGUGCCCGCCGCUGCACGGCCUCUUCGUCCGCGAGGGGGUGCUGCGUCGCACGGAGACUGGUGACGCGGGCAGCCUUCGCGUCUCGGUGGGCCAGGCGGACAGCGCCAGCGACAGCGACGAGGCGGAGAACGACGAGCUGCCCGGCCCGCCCGGGCGCAUCUCGCAGUGCCGGCGCGGCGGCGUCAGCGCCGAGGCCGCCGCGCGGGUGUCGCAGCACGGCGGCGCGCCCGCCUACGAGCCCCCGGUGCACGCGAAGGGCCCGGAGGAGCGAAGGCAGCUCGCCGAGAUCAUCAGAACGUCGCACGACAGCAAGAUGCAUAUGCUUUUCGGCGCCAUCCCCGCGGCCACCAUUGAGAAGGUCAUCGACGCGAUGUUCCUGAAGCCGGUCGCCCACGGGGAGCGCGUCAUAGAGCAGGGGGACGAGGGCCAGUUCUUCUACAUCGCGAAAAGCGGCUGGUUCGAGGUCUUUGUGAGCAAGCAGGGGAAAGAGCCGGUGAAGGGGCUCGCGCGACCUCAUGGGCAUCAUCACUCCGCUGCAGGAGCUGGCCGCCCACAGGUCGCAGGGGUAGGCAGUAGUGGUGGUAGUGGGUCGUAGUGGUUGUUGUAGUAGCCUUUGCAGUCGCAGUAGCAUUCUUACCA